AUGUCUCUCACCGGCAAGUGUGCUUGCGUUGAGAAGCUAUCGCAGCUUCACGCGACGGUACUCAGUGAUCUUCAUCCUUGCAAAGAACAGGUCUAUGAAGCGCGUGUGUCACAGUUGCAAAGUACGAUAGACACAUUGCAAUUAAGGAAUGCCGAUCUCUGCACACAGCUGGCCGAUAUACGCUCUAGAAUAGCCGCUGACCCUUUUCUGAGCUCCAAGUUUCAAUGUGUGACGGAGAAAUCGAGUGAAGAGCCGUCACGCAUCUACGGUGUUAACUUGGAUCCCACGUCGAGUCCCGCUGAUGUCUAUCGCCAACUCUGUGUUUUAGCGGAUCGUAAUCGUGAUCUCGAGAGCCGCCUGUUUACCGAGCAGGCCAUCUCUAUGUCAUGGAAGCACAAAAUAAACAGCCUAGAGCAGCGUCUGAAGGAACAACUCGACGACUUAGUAUAUAUAACUAGGGAUGUUACGUGUAUGAAAGAUGUUGAUUGUGCGGGGAAACGUUCAGAUCGGCGCGAAGCUCUCACGAAGGAGGCGCUCGAACUGCUAAAGCUUGCCCGUUUGCGCAUAGACGGAGACCGGACUCGAAUGGAGAUGUACGCUAAUCGCAUUGCGGAUCUAGAGAGAGAGCUACUAGAACAUAGGCUCAAAGCCUCGGAUGCUGCAAGCCAACUGGACCACUCUUCAGCUGCCGCCGCCAUAUCGCAACGUCAAGCGGAUAUAACAGGAGGAAGGCCGGCGUCGACGUACCCACUCCGGCAUGCAGCACAACCUGACAGUUGCGUCGCAUUUGGAACUAGCGCGUUAAUGCGCGAAUUGGAAAUGUCCAAGGGCUCACUCAGACACGGUGUGUGGAAUAAUGUCGAUGGCGGAUGCAAUGUGGAAUUAUCGCAAAGCGAGUUACUUUCUCAUUCUGCUUCUGCCUCGCAAGAAGACGACCGUAGAAAGCUCAUUCGACUUUACAGUGACAUAUUGACACUCAUACGGAAGAAUAAUGUGCAGGCAAUUCCUCCAGUGACCCAGAUGAGAUCUAUGCUUAGGACGGGGUCACAGGUAGAUCGUAAUAGCGAAUCGGGGACAGGGGAAACGCCAAUCAAUAACUUUCCUAUACCACCCCAUAAAGUAGAUGAAGACCGCAUAGAUAAAGCCGUCGCUAAAAAUCAUGACUAUCAUAUCACCCCUGGCGACCUUGCUUGCAUGCCUAGCGUGUCUGUGGUCAAGCGUGAAGAUGAUGCAUCGAGAACUGUUCGUGCACAGCCGAGUGCAGCGUCUAAUACAGAUGAAUCUGCAUUUUCCUUAGAAGAACGUCUGAUUUCGACCUCAAAGACUUUGCCAAGGAAUGAAAGCGAAAAUUCCGAUCCCGCCGACGAUUCACGCCAGGGUGACACACUUCUUCUCUCAUCAGAAUCGGCAACUGAAACUCAGAGCGCCAGAUUUACAGAUGUAAACACACAGAUGGAUGAUUCGCCUUCCAGCGAUGACACGGUUAUGCUGUCUUCCAGUUCGAUGGACAACGGUUCGCCUGUAUCCAGCGACACUUGUGAUGGUUCACACCAUGACGGCUCAGCUCCCGACGACGUGUCUAUGGCCAUAGGCGUCACCAAUUGUGAAUCGAAUCAAUCUGUGAAGAUUCCAGAUGAUAUAUCUGAGGACUUGGCUUCGUCAUCUGCCAGGUUGGGCAGCAGUGACACUUCCAUCUCAAAUCCACGUGCGGAUGGGGAAGUCAAGUCAAGUCAUUUAGGUUCCCGGUUGUCAUCGGUUGAACAUGUCGCUGACAAGUUUGACCAUCCUUCACCUGCGGUUGAAGUCACGAGCAAAAUUUGCACCAUGACCCCCGAGCCAGUUAAUGGUACCGCCAGCGUUUCGGGCACUCCUCGAAGUUCCAGUGCCUCAUCGCUGCACGAUAACACAAAACCCGCGGAAUCUGGGGUGUUGGCGGGGUCUGAUAGCCCAUUAGAGUCACGUUUCUCGGAUUCGCCGUCGUCUCUAGGUAAGGGGUCGCCAGAUGUAUCAUCGCAAAUCUUGCGGGGCCAUGAGAGCAAAUCCGUAGAAUUCAAUGGUAUAGAUAUACCUCUAAGUGAGCUUCCAAGUUAUGAAUUCGGCACUGCGUGUGAAAAUUCUAUGGAGGAUCAAACCAUGAGAAGAGGCGAUACCCUUUCCGUGAAUGGUUUGAAAUCGUUCGUGAGCGCACAGAAACGUGAGAUGUUGGAUGCGUUGCUUCUGUUGCUGCAAGGCGUGCCAGUGUUGAAUGAGCUAUCUGAAGAACGGCUACGAGGUCUGCUACCAUAUUUCAAACUCCAAUCUUAUUCUCCUCGUGCUGCAAUUAUCCUUGCUGGUGAGCAACCGCGUUGUUUUUAUAUCCUCGCGUCUGGUAUGGUGUCUGCAUAUUCGUAUGAGAGUUUCGACAAGCCUAAUCGCUUACUGCGCCGGUAUUUGAACGCGGACUAUUUCGGAGAGCUUUCAUUGAUUAACAAUCGAACGUGUACCUCCUACAUCAUAGCUGAGGGCCAUGUCACCGUUCAUGCCAUGGAGGGCCAGGAUUUUGUUGAGCAGUUAUCGGAUUUGUUUCCCAAGUUCAUGGAGCGUGCCAUGGCGGAAUAUGACAAGUCAAACUGGCGUUCAACUGUUUCUCCCAGCCCACGCGUUAACCGAAAGGCCGUCGAGGACCUACCCGACAUAACGACAUUCAUAAGCAAUGUGCCGAUAAUAUCAACGGCCUCUCAUAUGGAUUCAUUCAUCAGCUCGUUUGCUUAUAGAAAGUUUGGGGCCAAGGAGGUUAUUGCCACUUCGCUGACCUCGCUGCCAUACUUGUACGUUGUCUAUCGCGGCAGUGUGGCUGUUCAGUUGCGAGAGUCUGAGAGCGCGGAAGUAAGCGAGUUUGCAGUGCUAGACCCUAUGUCAUUCAUUGGAGGUGUAUGUUUCGUCGAUCCACACGUACAAUGGCUGAGUUCGGCAUCCCUCGUUGCAACCAGCGAGACAAUUUUAUUGUUCGUGGAGGCUGACACAUUAGAGAUGCAACCAGAAAACUGGAAAACUCACGUGCGUACGUACCAGGAGCAAUUUUUCGUCGACAAGAUGGUUGAACGCAAGCUGCUGCAGGGCGUGGAGAAAUUGUCUGCACCACCCAAGGAAAUUACACACUCUGGGUCACUAUCGGAUGCGUUGAUUAGUUCUGACAGUGGAGGCUUUAGCGACGGGUUAAACGAGAACAGCAGCAUAACAUCGGAUAGGUCGCCUCAGUCGCUCCAUGCGAUGGGGGACAUGUCGCCAGGCCAAGCGUCUUCAUCUGCAGUUUCAACGGUUAAGGAAGAGGAUGAAUGCAGUGAUUUAAUGGAUUCGGUGUUGCCAUCGCCAAAAUCAUCUGUGACAUCUGACGACCUUUCGUCGGUUUCGAGCCAGAUGCUGGAAGACACGUCUGCUGUUGUGCGCACAGGUUCAUAUAAGCUGUUGAAUAUACAGCGAUCGCCAGUUAACGACGUAAAGAGCGGCGUCACUCCGGGGACCACCACCGCUCUUAUUAAGGGUGUGGAGAAGAAAGCUUCCAACUUCACUGCAUAUACCCCCCCUACUGGACAUGAAACCAGUAUAUCUUCACCUGUUAAAGAUAUAAGCCGAGAUAUUGACAAGAAUCCGAUCGCCGAGGACGAUUGCCGUAGUCUGAUAAGUGAAUCUGACCAGUUUCGAGAAAGCGAUCGCAGCGAGUCGCUUGCGUCCGAUUGCAUGGUUUCGGAUCGCAAUGUUGAUAAUAAGCUUAACACGGAGGAUAAUACAGAUGAACGGGAUGUUGAUGCAAACGCGACGCCACGUAGUUUUGCUCGCAAAAUGAAGCGCGCACCAACUGGUAUAUUCAAAAACGAUCGGAAAACUGCGCAACAAACCUUAAACAAAGCUCCGCGAGGCACCGUAGGGUCAACUACUGAGUUACCUGCAACAUACAGAAGCAGUGUGGGUGAUACCGAGUUGCGUGAUUCCUCCAUAGAUAGCAUGAUCGACGAAACCGACGGGCUAUCUGAUGAUACCUCAUUUGAUUCUGAUCUAUCUGAUCUUCCCUCCUCCUCGUUUUCAGAUUGCAGUAGCGUUACGCCGAAGAACUACGACGAGAAUACAGUAAAUGCGUCAAAGGAUUUGUUAAUUGCCACCCUAAAGUGCAAGUGUACAUCUUUGGGCGCUGCUUUCACUUUCAUGGAUGCCAAUAACUGCGGCGUGGUUUUCCGGCAACGUUUUUACGAUGCGAUUGAGGAACUCGGCAUUGCAUCAAUUGAGUCCUCCGAGUUACCAUAUUUGUUCGAUUUGCUGAGGGAGAAUGAUCGUGAGGUCAUGACAGUGGCAUCACUCUACCGCAACAGUGGUGAGCGCGUUAGUACAGCCCAGGAAUUCUGCACACGUUUAAAACAUGUCCACGGAAGUUCUCGCGUCGCCUUUGAAAAACAUUUCGGGCCGCUGAAAAUGAGCUCAACUUGUGCCGAAGCUGACUUCCUGAUAUUGGCCAUGAACGUGGGAGUGGAGGAGGACGAUGCACGAAAAAUCUUCAAGACGUUGGACAUAUGUGGGAAUAGCUACGUUACAAUACUAACCAUGCUAAAGCUGAUGCGUGGGGAUUGGACCUUAGAUGUCGCGUUAGAGAAGGAGCAAGCUGCUGUGUCCAGCUACAACCAAAUCGUUGGCUACUGGCAGAAUGAUGAUUAUGAGUCGUUUCGUAAAGAAUUUUCCAACCCUUAUAUAUGCGUGUUCGACAUUCUGGAAUAUGGCGUGGACGUGUCGCAGGUGGAUUGCGGAUGGGAGGAAGUUACGUCGCUGGCUAUUGACUCGUCAACCAAAUCGCAUUAUGUGGACACUCUCAUAAUUCCCACUUUGGAAACUCACUCCUAUUUCAGGCAGCUUUCGCCAAUCCAGAUAAGGUUCGUAGCAUCUCUGUUCGUUGAGUCUCGAAGUAAGACGGGCACUGUGAUAUUCUCUCAGGGCGAUGACGAUUUCCCCUUGUAUAUCGUCCUGUCGGGCCAGGUGCACUCCACAUAUAUAACCUACCUCUACACUGAGUCUACGUCGACGGACGUAAUUGUUGGCAGCUUGUUAGAAUUCGAUUGCUUUAUAUCGGGCCAGCAAUCGCCCUGUACGUACAAGGUUGGAUCUAUUGGCCCCGCAGUUCUGGCGUCCAUUGCGAAAGCUAUGUUUAGAGAGGCCGUGCAACCUAUCAUCGACGUGAGGUCAAAGCGGGUACCUGUGAUUUCCACGUUUUUAAGUAAGGUGCCUUGCCUUGAGGGACUAGACCCCGAGGUCAUAGACCGCAUUGCGUGCGCGAGCGUUGUACGCAAAAGGAAAAACCACGAAACGAUCAUUCGUGAAGGCGACUCUACAGAGUGGAUGUACAUCAUAUUUGACGGUUCAGUGGACAUAAAGGUGUCCAGCGCUGCUAAUCAAAUCGCUGAUUCUGUGACGUCCACAGGUCUUCUUGGUGCUGAGGAGGUGGCUUUUUCUCUCCCGAGCUACGUGAGUACAGCUAUAGCUAAUUCGUCGACAGUGUUACUCAUUGGGUGGCUGGCGUCCUCCUUUGCGACAGCAUUCGGGGAUGCCGCCGAGCGCAUACGCGAAGCCUCCCGCGAGGCAUCUCUAGUGCGCUCCAACUCGCUGAAAACGCCCGAUCAGCAAUCGCAGAGGCUACUUUCGAAGUCCACAAAAACAGUAUCGUUCUCUAUCAACAGAACUAAAAACGCUUAA